AUGAACUUUUUCCAGAACCUUGAUGGCUCAGGAUGCGGAACUUCUGGCCCCAUAUCGUGCCAGGAUGCGAACACGCCCCCCGCCGCAAAUACCUGCUGUUUUGAGACUCCUGGAGGCCUGAUUUUGCAGACACAAGUUUGGGACACAGAUGUUGCUGGUAGUCCUGCGGACAGUUGGACCAUUCAUGGUCUGUGGCCUGAUAACUGUGACGGCAGUUACAUUGAGAAGUGCGAUCCCUCUCGUGAUUACACGGAUAUCGCCGGGCUACUCGAAUCCCAGGGUGCAUCGUCUACAUUGGAUUUCAUGCAACAGUAUUGGCUCAACGAUGAUGGAACUAAUGAGGAAUUCUGGGAGCACGAGUGGGCUACACACGGCACAUGCUAUAGCACACUGGAUGUCGCUUGCCUUCCCAGCAGCAGCCCUACGGGCGCCGAGGCUGUGGCAUUCUUUGAGACUGUGGUGAGGGUCUUCAAGACCCUCCCCACGUAUGACUGGCUUGCUCAGGCAGGCAUCACUCCGUCAUAUGACCAGACUUAUUCGCUUUCGUCCUUAUUGUCGGCUCUCCAAAAUGCCUCUGGAUACAUUCCAGCUUUGAGCUGCUCUCGAUCGGGCACACUCAGCUCGAUCAGCUGGUACUUUAAUCUCCAGGGCUCUGUCAUUGAUGGCGAGUUCGUCCCGAUAGACAACCCUAAGGAUUCUUCUUGCCCCUCGAGUGGUAUCCAGUACCUUCCCAAAGAAGGAUAA